AUGCGGCCCCGGCCGCUCUUCCUCGCCCUCGCCAUCUGCAUGCUGCUGUUCUGCGCCGGCGUCCACGCCUCCAUUGGCGACAGGCUGCCCGAGUUCCGCCAAUGCGUCGAGGUCUGCAAGCAGGAGAACUGCGACCCGAACAAGCCGCAGACUCCGAUCCCUCUCCUCCACCGCCUCCUCCUCUGGGACUGCCCCCAGGAAUGCGACCACGCCUGCCAGCACAUAACCACGGCGGCGCGCGUGUCGGCCGGCCAGCCCGUGGUACAGUUCUACGGCAAAUGGCCCUUCCUGCGCCUCCUGGGCAUGCAGGAGCCGCUGUCGGUGCUCUUCAGCCUGGGCAACCUUUGGGCGCACGCGGACGGGCUGCGCAAGGUGCGGGCGGCCAUGCCCAAGUCGUACACGCUGCGGCCCUUCUACGUGGUGCUCGCGCACGUCGGCAUCGCCAGCUGGGCGCUCAGCUCCGUGUUCCACACCCGCGACUUCGCCGCCACCGAGCAGCUCGACUACUUCGCGGCCGGCGCCAACGUCCUCUACGGGCUCUACUACACCGUCGUGCACCACUUCCGCCUGGACCGCCGCGCGCCCCGGCGCCGAAGCCUCCUGCGCGCCUGGACCCUGCUCUGCGGGUGCAUGUACGCGGGCCACGUCGCCUACCUCAAGCUGUGGCGGUGGGACUACACCUAUAACAUGGCCGCCAACGUCGCCUGCGGCCUCGUCCAGAACGUUAUGUGGUCAUGGUAUUCGUGGGCCAAGUACGAGCGCACGGGGCGCAGCUGGGCAACGUGGCCUGGAUUCGCAGUCGCGUGGAUCAUGCUCGCCAUGAGCCUCGAGCUGUUCGACUUUCCCCCGCUGUGGGGGAGCCUCGAUGCCCAUAGCCUGUGGCACCUGGGGACUAUCGCGCCUACGAUCGUGUGGUACAAGUUCUUGAUUAAGGACGCCGAGGAUGACUUGGCGAGCGAGAGACUGAAGGCAUAG